AUCUCCAUGACGGCUCUCUGCUGAACGCUCCUCUCGUGCGCGUUUAUUUAUUUUAUUUUAUUAGUUCGCGUCCGGUGCGUCAAUGCGCUGAUUCCAUCGAUCAGCCCGAUUUCGCGUUGUGGAGAGAAGCUGAGUAAUAAUGUCCUAUCCUCAGGGUUACCUCUACCAGCCCCCGGGCUCUCUGGCGCUUUACUCGUGUCCGCUGGCCGCCCCGAGGAGCGAGGAUUUGGCCCGGUCAUCCUCCGGUUCCGCGUUCAGCCCGUACCCCGGGUCGGCGGCGUUCACAGCCUCCGCCAACGGAUUCUCCAGCCCGCUGCCCUACUCCACAGAUCCGGCCACGGGAUUCCCGUCCUACAUGGGCUCUCCGUAUGACGCGCACACUACGGGAAUGGCAGGAGCCAUAAGUUAUCACCCGUACGGGAGUCCCGGUUACCCGUACCAGCUCAACGAUCCCGCUUACCGGAAAAACGCCACUCGGGACGCAACAGCGACGUUAAAAGCGUGGCUGCAGGAGCACAGGAAAAACCCCUAUCCCACUAAAGGAGAGAAGAUCAUGCUGGCCAUCAUCACCAAAAUGACCCUCACGCAAGUGUCCACCUGGUUCGCCAAUGCACGACGGAGACUCAAGAAGGAGAACAAGAUGACCUGGGCACCGCGGAAUAAAAGUGAAGACGAAGACGAAGAUGACGGAGAUGGAGAGAGAAAAGACGAGCGCACGGAUAAAAACAUGGACAACAGCGAAGCGUCAGCUGAGGACGAAGGCAUCAGUUUGCACGUCGAUGCCCUGACAGACCACUCGUGCUCGGUGGAGUCGGACGGGGAGAAGGUCACGUGUCGGACCGGAGACCUUGUUUGCGAUUCUGGAGCUGAAAUCCAGGACAAAUGCGAGGCGACGGAUCUCGGGGAGGAAAGGCAGCGAGGCGCGUCACCCAAACCGGUGACCUCUUCUCCUCUGACCGGGGUGGAGGCGCCUCUAUUGACCCAUCAUCACCGGGAGAACAGCACCAACAAAACAUGCCUGGACGGUCAAAACCAAACCGUCAAGCCUAAGCUGUGGUCAUUAGCAGAGAUCGCCACUUCGGACCCCAAGCAGCAGAACUGUCCCCCGGGUGUCGGCCUUCUGACCUCCAGCGCGCCCGGCGCGUCCCCGGCGGGCGCGGUUUACCCCGCCACCUCCAUACUAGGAAGACCUCUUUAUUACACUUCUCCGUUUUAUAGUAAUUACACAAACUAUGGCAACUUCAGCCCGCUUCAGGGCCAGGGGAUACUGCGCUACAACUCCGCCGCAGAGGGACUCCUUCAUAAACAGACUGGAGAGCCGCUAAUAAAGACUAAUCCAAACCAGACUGAAGCUCACUUCAGGGCCUCCAAUGCAGAAUCCAAAAAAGACCCCAGCGAGGUUUUCACAGUAAGAUCCCAAUCUUACCUGUCGAGUUAAGACGAGGAAGAUCUUCCAAGUAGGUGUCACAAUUGCUUUGAACAAAGCGAACAAGCCAUCACCCCUUCUCUCUCUCUCUCUCUCUCUCUCUCUCUCUCUCUCUCUCCCUCUCUCUCUCUCUCUCUCUCUCUCUCUCUCUCUCUCUCUCUCUCUCCCCAAGCUGUUUUAAACUAACAUUUGCUCCUUAUACGCGGAUCCUCUUUUGUGUGCCACUGUACACCCACGGACUACAGAGCACCUGCCUAUACAAUAACAACAACAACACUGCGAUUGCGGGACAGAAACGCAAAGACAAGACAGGACAAGAGAAAGAAGAGCGAGUUUAUAAGGCACAAUAGCCAGUCUGCUUUGGACGAACUGCUGAUUUAUUGAUGAAGUACUUUAUCCCAACACAUGUGACUUUUCCAUGAGGAAACUUAUUUCUCAGGAUCCUAAUAGUAGCUUCAUUGCCACCAGUUGUAAACACGCGUGGGACAUUUAUUAUUAUUAAUUAUUAUUAUUAUAGACCUCCUAUGAGACUUUAUAUGUGCUAUAGAGGUGUGAAGUGUAAAUGAGAUCUCGGGACUGGUAUAAACUUGACUAAGAGUGGAAUACAUUUGAUAUUUAUUUUUGUAAUGCCUAUAAUUUAUGCAAGUUGUAUUGCAAUGGUUGCUGAACAUUGUUUUGUAAAUAAAUUAUGAUGGGUUUUUAUUUUAAAAAAGCCGAAGUUACACAAUGUUGUUAACAAGGAGACUUUUACUAAUUUAUAUCUCUCGUUGUAAAUAAAAAUGCGCUAGUCUGCACUGGCACAA